GAAAAUUAAAACAAACGUGACUCGGGCCUUGACUCAACAAAUACAAUGACGAAAUACGUUGUGAUAGGUGCUGGGAUCAUUGGGUUUUAUACAACCUUCAAUCUCAUUGAAAAGGGCGUCAGUCCUAAGGAUAUCACCAUCAUCGCAGAAUACUUGCCAGGGGACGAGUCAAUUAACUACACAUCUCCGUAUGCGGGAGGGAACUUUCUGUGUAUCACUGGAGAUGAUCCAGAUACUUUGGCGUUCGAUAAGAUAACAUAUUUGAACCUUCAAAAGAUCCAGGACACUCUUGGGGGUCCUACGUGUGGGCUUGAUAAGAUGCCCUCAUUUGAAAAUUGGGAAACAAGACCAGCAGAUGUAAAGAUUGAGUCUUUGAAGCUGUAUUUGGUUGAUUACAAAGAGACUGCAGCAAAUGACUUGCCCAAAGGUGCAUCAUUUGGAAUUACCUUCCAAGCAUGGAAUUUCAAUUGUCCUAAAUUUCUUGCCAAUUUCAGAACCUACCUUGAACAGAAAAGAGGUGUCACUGUAUUAAGAAAGAAACUCACCCAUGUUUCACAGGCAUACUUGCCACAUACCAAGGUUGUAAUCAAUUGUACCGGAAUUGGUGCCCACAAACUUGGAGGAGUGGCAGACUCGAAGGUGUAUCCGACCCGAGGACAAGUUGUUGUCAUCAAGGCUCCUCAUAUACAAGAAAAUGCCUUCUUAUGGACCGCCGAUACUGCAACAUAUGUCAUCAAGAGACCCUAUUCGAAUGACCAAUUGAUUCUUGGUGGAUUUAUGGAGAAGGACAAUUGGACCGCAGACACAUUUGCAGACCAAACUGCCGAUAUUCUUAGAAGAACCACAGAGUUACACCCCAAGAUUUUGAAGGAAAACCCUGCUGGUAGUUCUAUCGAGGACUUGGAAAUCAUUAGAGUUGUCUCAGGGUUACGUCCAAGUAGACAUGGAGGGGUCAGAAUUGAGAAAGAAUUCGUCGAUGAAGGGAAGAUAUUGGUACAUAACUAUGGCGCUAGUGGAUAUGGCUACCAAGCUGGAUUUGGUAUGGGUGAGAAGGCUGCUAGAUUGGCUUUAGAGAAAUCCAGUAAGUUGUAG